AUGGCAUCUUCAUCUAGUAAUUUAGAUACCAAUAAUAAUAUUAAUAUUAAUAUUAAUAAUAUCAAUGGUUUGAACUCGUUCAACCAUUUUUCAUUCUCUUCAACAACUCAUCACCCUUUCAUGAUGACCAGUUCUUUCUCUGAUCUUUUAGCUUCUCCUAUUGAUGAGAAUGAAAACAUUAACAACAAUAACAACAACUCAAGAAAUGAUGAUUAUGGUGUUCCUAAGUUCAAGUCUACACCACCUCCUUCUUUGCCUUUGUCACCUCCUCUUCCUUCUUAUUUUUCUAUUCCUCCUGGUUUGAGUCCAGCUGACUUACUUGAUUCGCCUGUUUUGUUGAACUCUAACAAUGUUUUGCCAUCUCCAACAACUGGUGCUUAUGCUGCUCAUAGCUACAAUUGGAAGAACAAUUCUGUGGGGAAUCAACAACUUGCAAAUUUCUCUUUCCAAACCCAACAAAAUCCUGCUGUUUCUGCACCCAACACAUCUUUUCAAUCAUCAAACGUUGGAAUUCAACAACAACAACAGCCAUGGGGUUAUCAACAAAGCACAAAGCAAGAAGGUUAUUCAUCUGGGAACAAUACGAUGCAACGGGAAAACAACAAGAAUGCUAUGCAGAUUUAUUCUGCGGAGUUUGCUAAUGUUCAAAUGAGCAACGCGAUGAUGAACAAGAACGGAAUUCAAUCUGAUUACAACAAUUACCAACCAGUACCACUUCAACAAGUUCAAACCUUGAGUAAGAAAUCAGACGACGGUUACAAUUGGAGAAAAUACGGACAAAAACAAGUGAAAGGAAGUGAGAAUCCGAGAAGCUAUUACAAAUGCACGUACCCGAAUUGUCCUACCAAGAAGAAAGUUGAGAGAUCUUUUGAGGGACAGAUUACUGAGAUAGUUUAUAAGGGUACUCAUAAUCAUCCUAAGCCUCAAUCUACUAGGAAGAACUCGUCGAAUGCUCUGGUGAUUGUUCCUGCUAAUCCAAAUGGUAACGAAAUGAUUGAUCAAUCCUAUGCGUCACUUGGUAAUGGACAAAUGGAUUCUGGUGCUACGCCUGAGAAUUCUUCAAUUUCAAUUGGCGGAGAUGAUGAUUUUGAGCAGAGUUCUCUUCAAAAGAGUAGAUCUGGCGGCGGUGAUGAGUAUGAUGAUGAUGAGCCUGAUACUAAAAGAUGGAAAAAUGAUGUUGAAAAUGAGGGAAUAUCAGGACCUGGAAGCAGAACAGUGAGGGAACCUAGAGUUGUUGUUCAGACAACAAGUGACAUUGAUAUCCUUGAUGAUGGUUACAGAUGGAGGAAAUAUGGACAGAAAGUUGUCAAGGGAAAUCCAAAUCCAAGGAGCUACUACAAAUGUACACACCCAGGUUGUCCAGUGAGGAAACACGUUGAGCGCGCCUCACAUGAUUUACGCGCUGUGAUCACAACCUAUGAAGGGAAGCACAACCAUGAUGUCCCUGCUGCUCGUGGAAGCGGAAACAAUUCCAUAAACCGGCCAACGCCAAACAACCCUUCAAAUCCAAAUAAUGCAGCCACUGCCAUUUUGCCACUACAGACUCUAAGGCCACAACAACCAGCACAACAGGUUCAAUCCAAUCCUUUCAACUUAGACAUGCUGCAGAAUCAAGGAAACCACGGAUUUUCAAGGUUUUUGAAUCCAAUGGAGUCGUACAUGAAUCCGCCACAACAGCAGCUACAUCAACAGCAUCAGCAUCAGCAACAGCAACAGCAGCAGCAAAUGUCUGACAACGGUUUCUCCUCCAGAGCUAAGGAGGAACCUAAAGACGACACGUUUCUUGAGUCACUGCUAUGCUGA